AUGCGCUCGCAAACAUCCUUCACGACCAAGCAAGUCUGCACCUACUUCUUCACCCCGCUGCUCGACGAGCAAGAUGAGCCCACUGAGCACUUUCGCUGCCAGUGUGGCACAGUGCGCAAUCAAGACGUCAAGAUGGGCUACUCGAACCUCUUUAGCCACGUGCUGAAGCAGCACCCCGACUACGUGAUCAUGCUGGCGAACAGCGGCUUCAACUCGGGGACGCUGGUCGUUUUUAUCGACCAGAAGAGCCAGACCGUCUACUGCUGGCUGGACUUUGUCACUGAGUGCAACCUCCCUUUUUCGUUCUGCGAACACCCGACUGUGGACAAGUAC